AUGACGCUCUUAGCCCUGCAUGCUACGCACGUUAUUACAAUAGCUGUCACUGCUGCUCUGCUGCGUUCCUACUGCUGUCGCUACUCUGCUGCUGCUGCUGCUGCUACUGCUGCUGCUACUGCUGCUGCUGCUGCUGCUGCUGCUGCUGCUGCUGCUGCUGCUGCUGCUGCU